AUGUUGGAAAAAAUAUUUUGUUUAGUGUUCUUAGCAUUACUGGUAACUGUUGUUGAAUCCUCGGCAUUUUAUCGCCAUAGCUAUGGCAGAACCGAGAACACUGUGCAACAGAACACGUCUUUAAUUCGACAGAAGCGAGACGACGACGAAUGUAGUAUCAAUGAAUUCCAAUGCGAUGACGGAUUUUGUGUGCGUGUUAACAGCGAUUGCAACGGGGUGUACGACUGCUCAGACGGCAGUGAUGAAGCUUUUGUACUAUGCAGACAGAGAACAUGUUUUAAACUGCAGUUUAGGUGCAACUAUGGCGCGUGUAUCGAAAUGAGCAGGGUGUGUGACAAAGUGAGGGACUGCGUGGAUGGCUCCGAUGAACUGCUGCAUAGAUGUAAUGGCGGACCGUUAAUAGUUGGGGAACAUUUUACAUGUCGAAAUGGUCAAUUAAUACCGAAAGCCGGCCGUUGCGAUGGCGUCGUCGACUGUGCUGAUGGCUACGACGAGAGUAUCGCUGCUUGUGCCGAGUUCACUUGCCAGUCCGGUCAGUUCCAGUGUGAAUAUGGGGGGUGCGUCGAUGGCAGCGCCAAGUGUAAUGGCACAGCUGAAUGCCGUGACGGAUCCGACGAACAACUUGGGCUAUGCGGCAAAUUGGCUUAUGUCAAAGUUAGCGAUCUCACCAGCACUACUACGGAGCCUCCUGUGAGCAGUAACAAAUGCAUACUGCCGCGUCAACCAGAAAACGGAGUCUACAAGGUAAUCAGCGAGACCAACUCCAGUGACGCCGACUACGUGUACUUAAAGUACGAAUGUUAUUCAAGGUUCAAACUUGUCGGCGAAUCUAAAAUCUUAUGCUGGAGAGGCGUUUGGCCAGUGAAAAUGCCAUACUGUGUUCAAACCUGUCCGUUGGCAAAGCAUCCUAGUAUAGAGUACCAGUGCACCGAAGAAGGUACCGAAAGGCCCAGGGAAUGCAACGACGAGGAGAUCGACGGGACAAUCAUCAAGCCACUCUGCAAACAGCCCAAUUAUUAUUCCCCAGUGGAAUUGCCUUACAUGCAAUGUAAUCAAGGAAGCUGGAGCUCUGGACCUAUUUGCGCGGCAGAAUGCGGCACGCUAACGGUAAAACUUACACCUCUUGUGCUGGGAGGGGAGACAGCAAAUUUUGGUGAUGUACCAUGGCAUGUCGGUAUAUACAACAAGAAUUCAACCACGGGAGUACACGAGCAAAUCUGUGGUGGUUCGUUGAUCAGCAACUUUGUCAUAUUAACAGCUGCCCAUUGCUUUUGGAACGAACACAAAAAAAAGAUUGAGGACGAAUCUAACUACGCAGUGGCUGUUGGAAAGUUUUAUCGGGAAUGGUAUAAUCCCAAAGAUGAACCCUACGCGCAAAAAUCAAAUAUAUCAAAAAUUGUGGUACCGAAGCUGUUUCGCGGUAUAGAACUGGACUACCAUCACGACAUCGCGGUAGUGAUAGUCUCGACACCAUUCAUAUAUAAGUGGUACGUUCGACCGGUUUGCUUGGACUUCAACGAGGAUUUCAACAACGAUCAACUGAAGAGCGGGAAAUUCGGGAAGGCGGCUGGUUGGGGUCUCACUACCGAGUAUAGAUGGUCACAGUCCCAAGAACUGAAAGUAAUAGACCUGCCAUACGAGGACGAAGAGAGAUGCCUGAACGUGACUUCGCGACCGUUGCUUCAGUACGUGGUAUACGACAAGAUCUGCGCCGGGACGUUAGAGGGUGAAGCUCUAUGCAGAGGUGACAGCGGUGGCGGGCUGGCUUUCCCCUCGGAAAUAUCCGGGGUGGAGAGAUAUUAUCUACGAGGGAUCGCUUCCACAACCCCCUUGCUGCGUAACGACAUGUCGUUUUCAGUAUUGCUAGUAGCCGUCAUUGCGGCUAAAGAUGAUGUGUCUACCGUUAGGAAUGCAGGUCAUGGUACACUCAUGGAAUUAAAUGGACGGAAGAGACAAGCGAAAAUCUCUGUAAAUGUUUGUUUGAAAGAACAAUGGCAGUGUCGCGAUGGAUCCUGUAUCAGCAUCGAUAGUAUAUGCGAUGGCGUCGUCGAUUGCCCGGACAGUAGUGACGAGACCCAUGCACUUUGUAGGAAGAUGCGUUGUCCACCUCAUUUAUUCCGCUGUACGUAUGGCGCAUGCGUGAACGGUGCAGCUGCUUGCAACGGUAAAGUGGAGUGUGCCGACUCGUCCGACGAGUUGAUACCGCAAUGCCUAGAUGAAAACUCUGAAGUCAAUGGACAGUACAAAUGCCGUAAUGGGGAGUUGAUCCUUGCUGUGAAACGAUGUGAUGGCGAUGCAGAUUGCGCUGAUGGCUCUGACGAAACAGUUGAAUCCUGUGGGGCGAUGGUGUGCCUCCCCUACCUGUUCCAGUGUGCAUAUGGAGCCUGCGUUAAUAAGGGAGCUGACUGCGAUGGGAAGAUAGACUGCGCUGAUGGAUCCGACGAGGCUAUAGAACUCUGCGGCGCGACUUCAACAGAUGUUACAGCAACACCUCCGAAGCCUACAGACAACUCUGGCGGUUCUGCGUGCAUUCUGCCCAAAUAUCCAAAGCACGGUACAUACAGGGUGCUCGGGGCACGUGGUGUUUUCCCCGGAGAAGUGUAUUCCAAUCCGAUUCUCGACGUCCGUUGUGAACCUGGAUACGUGUUGAACGCAACUAGCAACGUUUAUUGUGUUGAUGGCGUUUGGUUCGGCGAUAUGCCACAUUGCAUCCGGCAAUGCAAGCUAGUUCCUAACCCAAGCGUGAGUUACACGUGCAUGACCGUCGAACACAACGUGAUGAGUUCCUGGGCCUGUAAAGAGUACGAGGUGGACGGCACCAUCGCUGUUCCAAAAUGCCAGGAGAACUAUCAUUACACUGGCAUAGCUCCGAACGCGAAGUGCGUUAAUGGACUGUGGGAAAACCUUAUCACCUGCAACCCAGAAUGUGGAACUGUUGUACCGAAAAGCAACCAGCUUAUGAUAGGUGGCCGUGAAGCGGAGCGUGGUGAACUGUCAUGGCAUGCUGGUAUCUACCAAAAGUCAAGGUCAUUCGAACAGAUAUGCGGAGGCUCACUCGUCAGGAAAAAGGUCAUCAUAUCCGCGGCCCAUUGCUUCUGGAAUAGUAAUAAGGAGACAAAAAUGCCGUCAUCCGACUACGCGGUAGCUGCGGGGAAAAUAUAUAGAUCAUGGAAUGAUAAACGCGAGAAUGACGUACAGAAAAGAGAUGUCAGCGAUAUAAAAAUUCCAAAACGAUUCAGGGGUCCCGAAACCAAUUAUCAAGACGACAUUGCUCUGAUCUUCGUGGAAACAGCAUUUGAAUAUACUCAAUAUAUUCGCCCAGUUUGCGUUGACUUUGACGAAGCCUUCAACAGUGAGCAAUUAAGACCUGGACAAAAAGGAAAGGUUGCAGGUUGGGGCUUAACAAACCCUAUAGGUAUACCUUCUGAAGUACUACGAGUUGUGGAACUGCCCGUGGUGGACAUUGGAAUCUGUUUAGACAGAUCGCCCCCCGAUUUCAAGGCGUACAUCACCAGCGACAAGAUCUGCGCCGGAUUUUAUAAUGGCACGGCGUUAUGCAAGGGCGACAGCGGAGGCGGGCUUUCCUUCUCGGAUCUAGAUCGUGGGAAACUGCGUUACUAUCUGCGGGGAAUAGUCUCGACCGCACCCAGGAAUGACGACGUUUGCAACUCACAAACUAUCACCGCAUUCACAAUGAUCAUGUCUCAUAAAGUUUUCAUCAAUAAUAACGUUAAGGAAAGUAUUUAA